AUGGCUAGGGGAUGGAAUGAGUUUGGGUCUUGGUUGGCAAGGGAUGAGGAAUGGGUCUCAGCCGGGGAUGGUUGUAUGGUAUCGUUGGGUUUGGGGUGGUAUGGGGGCGGAUCUCGCAUGGGAAUGAGGCUGGCGGAUGGGUCUCGGUUGGAGAGAGAGAACAAAAAGAAUGGGGAGGAGGGGGAGGGAUUUGUGGGGUGGGGGAUUGAUUUGGGGAUGGAGGAUUGGUCUGAGGGUGGAGGGUGA